CGCUGCUGGGAAAGUGCAGUUUUGAGUCAUCGGAAAAAUAGACUGUGUACGCCUACUAGCGGCAAUGGUUCCGACUAGCCUGAUAUGCGACAGAAGAUGACGUGGCAAGAAACUACGUACGGCGCACAUACGAAGCGGUUAAUAUGUCAAGUGACACUGUUGCAGCAGAUGACGUCUGCAAGGGAGGCAGCGGUAGGAAAGGCUCUUUCCAGACCGGCAGCUCGGCGCGCAGUCGCUGGAAGAUCCUGGCGCGCGCGCUGCUGGAGGCAUCCGCGGAGAAAGGGGGAACGGGGGAAGCCGCGGCGGGGGACAGGGGGCAGGGGGGAGGCGGGGAUGCGAGGGGGGGCGGAAGGGGAGAGGCUUCCGGAAACUGCGAGGCGGAUGAGCGGGUUUCGCGCCGACCAAUCAGAGGCUUCCACCUGUUCGAAUGCCGACCUGCGGAGGCCUCGAGCGCAGGACCAGGCGCACCCCCACCACUUGCGGAUGGUGGGGCAGCAGCCGCGGGGGAAGCGGAUAGUGCGGGGGCAGCCCCAGGGGAUGCGGAUGGUGUAGGGUCAGGCGCGGGGGAUGCGGAUGGUGCGAGGGCAGGCGCGGGGGAUGCGGAUAGUAUGAGGGCAGGCGCGGGGGAUUUGACCCAGAGAGCAGGUAGAGGCAUGAAAGCGGAGGGAGGGGCAGGCAUGGGCGAUAGAGUGCAA